GUAUCCUGAAAAAAAUUGAACGGCCACGAUUAUUUACUAUCGAUGCAAGUCCAUUUAGUGUUUCGUUACAUUUGAUAAUUCCAUGUGAACGGAAUAGGGUCUAACUUUAUAUUUCAUAAUUGUACAUACGGUUCGGUAAUGUUAUUACUAAAAACGCGUUGACGGGUCAAAACGAAGUUUAUCCACCAAUUAAAAUAUUGGUGAUUAUUCAAGUUGCUGUGGCAUUUAUCCCAGGAGUGAAAUCUCUCGAGUGACGCAUUCCAUCAUAGCUAAUUAUCAAAGUGAGAGGAAUUUGGGCGAGAAGAUUAAUUUGAAGAAAAUAUAAAUAGACGUAGAUUCGUCAUUGGUUUAAUUUUCACGGAACGUAAACGAAAUUCCUGUUAAACUCUUUUGGUCGAUCGACACGGGAGGAAUCGCUUUGUUCGCGGCUACCUUUACGGUAAUACUGAUAAUAUCUAAUACUGAUCCAUUUUACUGAUCGUACGAGUGAGAGAGAUCUUUCAUUUCCUGGAAUAAGAAGCCCUGUGUACCUCGACAUCGGGAGGAGAAGAAUAUCAAGAGAGUAUCGAAUUGAUUGGAUGAAUUUAAUUAAAAGUAUAAGGAAGGGAGAGAGAGACUAAAGUAUUUAAACUAUAUGAAAUUUAUUAUGGAAUGAAAUAUCAAUGUAAAUGAUCUUAUUAAAUGUACAAGAAUAGCUCGAGUCAAACUUUAGUGGAUAAUAUAAAUGGUAAAUGGUUAAUCCUCAAUGUAAUCUCGUUUCCGUAACGUCUCCAUAAUUCUCCAAUGUUAUUGCGAGAGACAAGUGAAUUCUUUGUGCAAGCAUGUGCUGGAAAUUCGCAGCGAUUUGCAUAAUGGCUCACCUCGCGAACCAGGUCCGCGCCGAUCUGGAUUACAUGGCAUUACUGUCCGAGACUCUAGAGACGCAUCAUCGCCUCGAGUGCACCAGGUACUUGGAGACGGGCUCUAUCGCUUUACAAUGUCCUCAAGGUACCACGAUAAGAAUCACCCAGGCCCACUACACGGACUCUCCCGAUAUGCUUUCUCAAACGUCCUGCUUGUAUCCGGUUACGGAGAAACACAAUGACUUGAUGGUACGGAAUUGCAGCAACGUCGUCAAGAUGCUGGAACAGUACUCUCUGCUGCAAACUGUUGUGGAGAAUUGUCAAAAUAAAGGACAGUGCGAAGUCACCAGGAGUCAGAUCCUUAAAGACGGAUCGUGCACGGAUUAUCUAUUUCGUGAAGGACCUCUAUUCAUUGAAUUAGCCUACAAGUGCGGACCCUUUGAAUUUCGAAGCAUCGUGGGCUGUGAUAAAGAGAACAUCACUCUUUCCUGUAAUCCUGGAAGUCGUGUCGCCGUUUACAGUGCUGCAUACGGUAGAAUAAAAUACCAGGAUUUUCGCUGUCCUCAGCCCCGCGAAGUGCCUCAAGAAACGUGCAUCAUUGAGAGCGGAACCAAGAGUCUUCAAGAAGUUUGCCACGGUCGCAAAAGCUGUAACAUAACAGUGACUCCUGAAUUAUUCGUGAGAUCAAAGGACAAAAAUCCUUGCGAGCACGAUAACACAAAACCGUACCUCACCGUAGCAUACACUUGCGAAGGUGCUGCUGGACAUGCACCUCAGGAUAGGGAUGAACACGAGAGUAUGUUUUACGUCCUUGCUGGUGUCUGUUCCGGAAUCCUAGUUGCGCUUGGCAUGAUUCUUGCCAAACUGGUGUUUCAUCAAUUUCAAGGACGUAGAAAUCGUCACAGGGAGCUACAUGCAUCCAGGACGAAAUAUCAAGACGACAUAACCGCUAUCGAGGCAAAUUUGGAUCUGACUUCAACAUCUACCAUACAAAAGAAAAGGAAUGUUCCCCAUGUCGUGGAGGAUACCAUCCUUAACAGGAGAGACUCGCAGUACCCUUCAAAGCCGACCGGAUCUCCAGGAGGAUUCCACGAGACCAGUCUGGCCUGUACGGAGUCUAGGUCGAAUCCCAUGAGAGGACAGUCAUUCUAUGAACCCGCGUGACAUCCGAAAAGUGGCCGCCUUCCUGAUCUUCAUCCGGUGGGAGUGAUCUACGUCGCAUCUAACGACGGUAGUACGGAUGAUGCACCCGGAACUGACACACCGGAGAAGCUCGAAGGUCGUCACGCGAAUAGGAUACCCAGAAAUGUAGACAGCAUAGCCGACGAGUCCGGCAAAUGUUCUAGGAUCUAUUGUUUUUGAACGACUGAGUAACUUCUUUUUUACAGGAAUUUAUAAAAGUAAAAGGAGCUUCUCUGCAUAUUGCUACUACCACUUUGUUUCUUUUUUGGAUCCCUUUGCCUGUUAAACGAAUUAAGAUGGUCCAAUAUAUCGUCCAGAAGACGUUUUCGUACCUACUUUUGUACAGACUUUGGCAUAGGGGAGUAAUAAUAGCAGGAGAAGUCCUUGUUCAUACUAAAAUAUAGUUGGAAUUCAUCCAGGACUCCAUCAAGAGAAUUUUCAAAGGGGGACUAAAAACAUAACGGAAUGUAUUCCUAAGAUACAUAAAUGUAAUAUACCGUGUAAUAUUUAUGAAAAGUUUGUAAAUACUCAAUGGUUCGUCGUUCGACAAAAUAAAUGCUGUGUGUAACGGAU